AUGGCUUUACAGGACCUAUGCAAUUUCCAGGACUUCUUUCUGGACAGUGUAACCACCAAAUGUUCUUCAGAGCUUUUUGGAAAAAAGACAGGUUGUGACUAUGUGACUGGUUUGCCUUUUAGCAAUAGCACAAGUCUGUUUAAUUUUUAUAUACCAGUUGCGGAGUACCUGGCUGAAAAUCCGAUAAAUUUUGGGCAGAUCAGCACCAUCGAGAGCUCCAGCGCUGUUUCAUCUGAAGACUCCUUCUUACCAUCCUUGCCCACAAGCUUCCCCUUGAGUUCAUCAGAGUCUGUCCCACUGCCUUUUCCCAUGUCUCAUGGCACCACCACCCUGGCUUUCAUGUUUCAGGGCGGCGUGUUGGCUGCAGCAGACACCCGAUCCAGUUGCUCUGGACUCGUGGCAUGCCCGGCGUCCCAGAAGAUUCUGCCCAUUCACAGUCACCUGGUGGGUACUACUUCAGGUACUUCAGCCGACUGUGCCCUUUGGAAACGGAUUCUGGCUCGAGAACUGCGGCUCUACCAACUCCGCCAUGGCCGACGGAUAUCCACGGGCGGAGCUGCCAAACUUCUUUCCCACAUGCUUCACCCGUUUAAGGGAACGGAGUUGUGUGUGGCUGCCACGUUGUGUGGGUGGGAUGGAGGAGAGGUAGAUGGAGGCGCAAAGAUUAAGAUGACUGGUUGUGGAACUUCUGUAGAUACCAGUCUUGAAACAGCCUCUCUGGCAAAGACUCAAAGCUCUUCUCCAACAAUCAAAGAGUGCUUUUCCAGAAAGAGAUCAAGUUUCUCUGGACCCAGUCUGUGUUACGUGUGCAGUGACGGCACUCGCCUGCAGGGAAAGCUCUUCUCUGUGGGUUCAGGUUCACCAUAUGCCUAUUCAAUUUUGGACCAAGGAGUUCAAUGGGGACUGACAGUGGACGAGGCCACAUCAAUAGCCAGAGAGGCUGUCUACAGAGCCACACAUAGGGAUGCAUACUCAGGAAACUGUGUGGACGUCUAUCACAUCUCCUCAAAAGGAUGGACUCGCAGGAAAAGAGAGGAUUUGAAAGAGGAGUAUUACAGAGAAAAAGAAAGACAAGAAAGAAGAAGGGAGAGACAGGAUGUGACUCCGCCUCAGUAAAGACAUGAAACAAACAGAAAUGGCAUGAGAAAAGAAAAGCAAUCAUUGUGGAGUAUUUUGGAGAGAUGUGAUGGCAUCUUUGCAGCAGAUACUAAAUUAAUGAACAGGACAGGCAGUUGCAUCCUCCAGGCUAUUUCUCAAAUGACUUGGGCAUGCAUAUCGCUCCCUCUAAUAAACAGCUGAUGUUUUGUUUGUGCUGAUGAUAAAAUGGAUUCACAGCACACUGCUGGCUGGCAUUUUGAUUUAGAUGUUAAAACAUUAUGAAUCAUUUCAAGUAUGAGAGAUAAUUACAACCUAGUACUGAAUGUGCUUGAACUGCAUAAACAGAGAUGGAAGCAAAGACUGCAAAAGACCCAAAAAUCCAAAUGUCUGAGAGUCUGAAGGUCAUAAUGCAUUGCCUUGUAUAAGGGAGCUAAUUUAGUGAUAGCAAUAAACAGUCAGGAGUUUAAAACUGAUUUGUGGCUGCUGUCAGAAUUCGUCUGAAGUUUCGUGGACACAAUAAAUUAAUGAAUAAAUGAGAUUUUGCUGAACUGGUCUGUUCAUUUAGU